AUGAAGCUCUCUUCCUCUAUGAUCUUGGCCUUGGCCAUCACCGUUAAAGGAUAUACCUUCGAUCGCCUCAACAAGAGCGACGCCGCGCUUCUAGUCAUUGAUCACCAAAUUGGACUCUCUGAGCUCAUGCACCCAACUGCCCCUUACAUAAAGCGCCAAGGAGAAGUGAACGCAUGGGACAAUGCCAAUUUCCGUACCGCCGUUGAAGCGACCGGUAAGAAGCAGCUGAUCAUUGGUGGUAUUGUCACAGAAGUUUGUACUUCUUUCCUUGCCCUCUCACUUGUUGAGGCUAGUUAUGAUGUCUGGGCCAACACAGAAGCAAGUGGUACUUUCAGCGAUAAAUUGGCUUCAGAUGCCAAUCGACGCAUGGAGCAAGCUGGUGUUCAUCUCAUGGGAUUGUUCGGAAUGACCAUGGACUUGAUGAGAGAUUGGCGAAACAGUCCUGGUUCUGCAGAAGUUCUUCCAUACCUUGACAAAUACUUGGUACCAUAUUCUUUGGUUGCCUGUGCUCAUGGUUAUGCUAUGGAAAUGGUACAAUCCAAACAGGAGAAGCUCAAAUAA